AAUCUGUGGCAAAAAAAUCUGUAGGCGCUGUGGCGAAAAGAUCCGUCAAAACAAGAAAAAUGUACGUGGGAUGGCUGCAUCGCUCAAGUGGUGGAGAAAAGUACAAACAAGUCAAGCAGCUGAAGGAUGGUGGCGCUGUACGAGAAAUUACAUACAGGGAAGAUGAAGAACUGACUCUCCAACAUAUAAAGGAUACAGCGAUCAAGUAUUUCUUUCCAGAAGGAAAAUGUAAAUAUGGGUCUUUGGCGGAAAUGGACAUAAAACUAGGAAACUAUGCACAAGAGCCGUUGUCGACAUUUCUAGACACAGCUGGAAACCCCUGUAGUUUUGAUGAAUAUCUAAAGUGCAGAGGACUCUAUUCAAGUAAGCUCACAUUGUAUUUAAUGUCCUCUACAAACGAAGAGAAUGACGAAGCAAUGCAAGUAGAAUUAUCGGAUACGCAAGAGCAAGAGCAAGAACUUGCAGAGGUGGAUCACGUUACGUUGGUUGAAGAUUGUCCUAUAUUGGUUAUGAAGAAAGGGAAUGAAAUCACUCCAUUCAGCAGCGCAAGCAAUCUUACUAUUGGCUACGAGAAAGAAACUUCUUCAUCCUACUCGGAAGAGGUAAUCAGCAGACUUGUCUCCUUCAACAGGAAAGARUGCUUCGACAUGCUGUCCUACUCUGUCUUUGAAAUUCUAGAGUUGAAGAUGUCAGAGUUUGACCCAAUUGACUAUGGAUACACCAUAUGCGACAUAAUGAAAGAAGGGAAGUAUUACAUGUGCUCAGGAGUAUCAGAUGAUGGAGAGACCCCAAUUGUUCAAUUUCCACAAUCAAAAAAGACAGAAACCGAGACCCUUAUUCUCCACUCGCCAUCGGAAAUAUGGGGCUACGAUGGAAAACAGCUCCUAUUGGGAGUCGUAGCCUCAUGCCACAAAACAUCUGGUAUGUGGUACGUCUGGUAUCGAGAUGAUGUCAUUUGCAAGGAGGGAAACCAAAAUUGCUGUCUACCCAUUACGUCGCCUGGCAAGUACAAAGUCGAAGUUCGCUGCAAUGAUAGAAGUGAGGUGUCUGAAACGGUCCAUGUCGACGUUGCAGUCAAUCAGCCGGUUGAGGCCUGUUCGUCAUCUACGUCAACGUCCUCACAGUCCUCAGGAAACAGUGAUCCUCAACUCCCAGUUAUUGACAGUGAAGACAUCCAAUAUUCCUCCUCAGAUAUCAUUGGAAGCGGUACCUAUGGUACAGUAUAUAGGGGCAAGUGGGCCGGCACAGAAGUCGRGAUUAAGCAAGUAAAAAUGCGAAAUGCAGCUCGUCUACGUUCCGUCGUUAACAAAGAGGCAAAGGUACACAGCUUAGCUCGGCASCCGAACAUUGUACAAAUGAUGGCAAUUUCCUAUACAAAGAACUCUAUUUAUUUAGUAWCCGAGCUUGUAAAUGGCCGAAACCUAGAGGAUCUCUUAUUUAGUGCCGAUGACGCUGCCGAUGACGCGUUUUCUUCAAGUAUUGACAAGUUUUCUGUUGCAAAGCAACUCUCACAAUCAGUGGCAUACUUACACCAUUUACGGCCACCGAUUGUGCACAGAGAUAUCAAGCCUGCCAAUGUACUAGUGGACGACCACACCCAUGUCACCAAACUUUGCGAUAUGGGAUUAAGCAAGCUGAAAUCUUCUCAUUCUGUAAGUAUSACCAAAGWAGGCACUGUGACUGGCACGCCAGCAUAUAUGGCACCUGAAUGUUUAAUACAUAACAAAACAGCCACGACUGCCAGUGAUGUCUGGUCCUUGGCCUGRACGCUUCUGGAACUUUUUACCGAAAAAGAGUGCUGGGAGAUUGAAGAGAACGACUGCACUGAUGCGCAGAAGUUCAUUACCGACUGUAUGAGGAAAGGGGAAUCUCCUCCUUCAUUGUGCUACCUUCUUGGCGCCGUCGGUGAUUCGCAAAGAGGCCUGGAGGUAAUAAUCUGUCAGUGUUUUAAUUACAGAAUGGACGAAAGACCAAAGGCCCUUGGCAUUGUUGAGGAACUGACAACUUAAUUCUGGAAGUUUACAUUCAAACAAGAAAUAUGACAUAUUAGAACGGGUAUAUUAGAACUUGAAUAGGUAUUUCCGAUUUCCUAUUUAAAUUUGUUACGUUUUUAUCCUGCCGUUGUUUAUUGCUCGAUUUUUUAAAGUUUCAGCUUUCACUAGUUAAGGUUAAGCUAAGCUAAGGUUGUCCUUACCCUGCGAGGCAGUAUCACUUAGUGCCGUAUUGACUGGCUAAUGAACUGUCUUUUGAUUAUAAAAGAUUAUUAUAAUGAACCUUUUAAAAUACAAAUAAGUAGAAGCUUGUAACUAACGUUUAUUGGCCAAAAAAGAUCGUUGAUUAGAAUUCAUUAGUUACCUUUUAUUAUUGCUUUUGACUUUUUUCACAAUCGUAAACUUCCAACUACUAGUAAUCAUUUGUCUCACAAUAAUCCAUAUUUGAUAGGAAAUUUCUCGAGCGGUUGAUUAAGGAAAAGAAAUUCUCAUCCGGGGCGAAAUUCAGCUGUUGGAAGAUAACUUAAUAGCAGAUUCAUGCUGUCGUGAAUCGACACUGAGACGCUCUUUGAGUGUGUUUUUUUAAUACUACUCUUUCGUCAACGUGAAUUUGUGAAAAGGAAAAUAGGCUCUUCUCGUAGAAUAGUGUGUUAAUCUUAGGUAACUCCUCUUAUGCCUUUGACUAUAUUCUUGUUAAAGCUCGAAAUCUAUUAGACCUAUAUUUCAUCCACUACCUGUUGUUUUGCUAAACUAUUUGUCUCACUUAAAUUGGUAUGUGACGUCAUAGACGGACUUAAAAAUAAGAUGAAAGUUCACGGAAAUGGCCUUAAAUAUUGACUGCAGUCAGUGUUAUGUAUUUAGAGUUAUAUCAUUUGCCAUAGACUAGCACUGACAAACGUUACAUUUAGUUACUUAUCAGAUUUUUGGAAGUUCAAAGCUAUACUUUACUGCCAAUCGGUUAUAUAAGACUGGCAUUUUAAUCAGCCUGAUAGUUGUGUUUUAGUCCGACUUAUUAAAGAGGCAAAUAAUUUUUGGAGUAGAUGUACAAGUAGGUACAAAAUGUAACAUGGCUUAUGUAAUCUAUUUU